AUGAUACCUUAUUCACAAACACCCGUUGAAUGGUCCACUAUCACAAAUGACGUGAAAAGAUAUAUUAUUGGUUUUUUGGACUAUGAAUCCAGAUGCAACAUGAGACUUUGCUCAAAAAGUGAUUAUUCUUUUGUGAGUUCGAUUAGUUUCAAAGCAAAUAGACUCUCGAUUUCGGAAGUUUUCAGUGAGAUGGAUAUAAAUACUAAGACAAUAAUCCGUUGUGAUAUUGAUUCAUUUACAAUCUGGUUCAUUGGGAAAGAGAAUGUGACUCGAGUUGAUCGGGCAUGGAAUGGAGAAUUAAUUCAUGAGUUCUCUGAAAUAAAACAUGAAAAUCGAUACGAUUUGUACAGAAGAUUCUUGGAUAAUUAUCAUAAUAGAUUUGGAAUAACUCAUGCUUCAACGAUCAGUAUUGUACUGUUUCCACAUGCGCCGUCUCCCAAUUGGCGUAUCAAAUGUGACAAUCUGACUUUAUACGGACUACGUGGCGGAUAUGACGUCACUUGGCUGAAUCAAUGUAUUUCUAGAAAGUUUAACAGUUUGGAAAUUGCGGGAGGAGACGGUACUUUGAUAGAAGUAAAUGAUAGAAUGUUGGACUCUUCUGAAAGUUUAAAAAUCGAUGUUGAUUCGAAUAUGACGGAUGAGCAGUUGGAAAGAGUGAAGGCAACGAACUUUAUCAUUAGAUCGGAUUUGAUUACUGUAAAUGCAGUGAAAAAAUAUUUGGAGUACUAUCUCAAAAAUCGCCGAGAAAAUGAUCGAAUCGAGAUCUUCUUUCAACUACCAAGGGAUUAUGACUUUUCUCGGUUGAUCCCGGAAUCGGUGAUCUUUCGGAAACUUCGAAUUCCAGAAUACUCGUCAAGUAUUUUCAGAAUCAAACUAACUGGUUUCCAAAAUGAAAAUGGGUUCAAUGAGCCACAGGAUUUGAGAGUUCGAUUCACUCCCGAUCGAGCAAAUAUUACUUGUGAAACACUGAAAAGAGGCAGAUCUGUUUCAUUAUAUAGUUUGGAUAAAGACGACGAAGACUCCGAGUAUAACGAUAUAGAUUUUGAUCAACUCUCAUUAGUCUAA